AUGGCGCCCCUCCUCAGAGAAACCGUUGAAACGGAGCGUGGGGGUGGGGACCGGGAACUGAGUGCCAGGGGGUGGAGAGAUCUGCGCGCUGCUAAGCGCAGGCACCCGGGCCCGCGGGCGAGCUGGGGCUGGACCCCGGUGGGCCGGCUCCGGGCGCUCCCGGUGCGGAGGGGCGGGCCGCCUUCCCACUGGUCCGCUCCAGCCGCGCGGCCUGCUGGCCACAGUUCCCAGCGGGCACCACCCGCUCGCGAGCCCUGCAGCCCGGAGCGGCGCGCGCCGGCCCGAGGGCGGGGACGUGCUCCGAGGACGCGCGCGGGGCUGGGCCUCCAACCGCCGCUCGCGGGGAAGAGGGCGGCUUCCCGCGAAGCCCGCCGCCGCCGCCGCCGACUCGGAGGUGCCGAGGGUUGUGGGGGAGCUCGGGGCGCGCGGGAACAUCGCCGCCGCCCGGCGCGGCCCGGAGAACAUGAAGAGGAACUGGACCGAGAAUUUGACCUGGAGACUGGCACUUUAUUCGGAGGAUUAAAGAAGGACACAACCGACUUUGAGUGGAGCUUCUGGAUGGAGUGGGGGAAGGAGCGGCUGGUGUGGUUGUUCCUUGGCCACAUGAGCGUGUCUCAAGUCGCCAACCUGAUUUCGAGGAAGCACAAACCCUGGAUCCUCGCAGUCUACGGGAUGUGGGCCUGCCGCUGUGUGUUGGGGACCCAAGGCACCGCCAUGGUUCUUAUUCACGCCACCAUCUCCUUCUGUGUUGCUCAGUUCCGGUCUCAGUUCCUAUCUUGGCUGUGUUCUCUCUCUCUGCUCUCUACACUGAGACUGCAAGAUGUGGAGGAAGUUAAGAGAGGAUGGUACAAGACCGAGAACGAGUACUACUUGCUGCAGUUCACGCUGACCGUGCGCUGUCUGUACUACACCAGCUUCAGCCUGGAGCUGUGCUGGCAGCCCCCGCCGGCCGAGCGGCCCUUCUACUCCCUCCCCUGGAUGCUCGCCUACGUCUUCUACUACCCAGUCUUCCACAACGGGCCCGUCCUCAGCUUCCCAGCGUUCAUCGCGCAGAUGCAGCACCAGGAGCAGAGCUCGCCGAAGACCAGCCUCUCUAUCCUUGCCUUGGGGCUGGGCCGUCUCCUCUUCUACUGGUGGCUGGCAGAGCUGAUGGUUCAUCUCAUGUACAUGCACGCCAUCUACAGCAGUGCCUCCCUCCUGAGGGCCGUCUCGAGCUGGGCCUUAGGAGGCCUGGCGCUGGCCCAAGUGCUCUUCUUCUACGUGAAGUACUUGGUGCUCUUCGGUGUCCCGGCUCUGCUCAUGCGCCUGGAUGGACUCAGGCCACCGCCGCUCCCUCGCUGUGUGAGCACCAUGUUCAGCUUCACGGGGAUGUGGAGGCAUUUUGACGUUGGACUACAUGAUUUCUUGGUUAGGUACGUGUACAUCCCAGCGGGCGGGUCACAGCAUGGCCUGCUGGGGGCCCUCUUCUCCACUGCGAUGACAUUCGCGUUUGUGAGCUUCUGGCACGGCGGGAACGACUACCUAUGGUGCUGGGCCGCCCUCAACUGGCUGGGGGUCACCGUGGAGAACGGCGUCCAGAAGCUCGUGCAGAGGCCGCACGUCCAGCACAGCUUGGCCCAGUUUCUCUCCCCAGGAGCUCGCCGGCGAUUGCACGCCGCUCUUGCCUCUUGUUCCACCUCCAUGCUGAUCCUGUCCAACCUGGUGUUUCUUGGGGGCAGUCAAGUCGGGGAAAUCUACUGGGAUAGGAUCUUCAUACAAGGCUGGCCGUGUGUGACCCUGUCUGUCCUGGGAUUCCUGUACUGCUACUCCCAUGUGGGCAUUGCCUGGGCCCACACUUACUCUGGUAACUGACGGCGCCGGGCCCAGGUCCGCCCUUGUCACUGGUUUCCAGGGCACAUGGUGCUCCACCCUCACCUCGAACCUCAAGGUAACCUCCAGGGGACCUGCUCAUCUUUUGUUGAAGUUACCUCACUCCAGGACUGGAAACUUGAGCUCUCGUAGCUUUGGGAACUUAGAGAUCCUCUUCCCAGCCUCCUCCUUUGCCUAUAGAGUAAGCUGGACCCCAAGCAGUAAAACGUCUUGCCUAGCUGUAGAUGGUGAUGUUGUGGUCCAGACCCCACGUUCUUUCUCCUUUACCAAGAAUUAAAUGCAAUAGACGUUUCUUGAUUGAGGCAUAUAAAUUCUGAUUAGUGAUAGGCCUGUCUUCCACUGGGCAGUGUUUCUGAAACAUGUUGGGCCAGUGGCAUUUAAGUGGCCCCUUCCCUGCUUCCUGCAGUGCAGUCUGUAGAGCCAGCACUGAGAGUCGCAUCACAUUUAGCUCCUCGGCAGGGGCGUGACAAAGCCGCAGCUGUGUUGCCGACUACUGGGUCCAAGGAGAUCGAAUAUAGAUGUCAGUACCUAAGGAGGGUUGCUACUUGAGUUCAUCAUUCAUCAGGGUGAUCACCGUUUGGUUGCUUGUUCCCUAGAUUUGCAGGAAGUAUAAACAUAGGAGUUCCUCUACCUGACAGUUAAUUAUUUCCUAGUAAAGAAGUAUAAUUAAAAAAAAAAAAAAGAAAACAAACAGGGAGUAGUGUAUGACAGACAGGUGCUAUGGGGCAAGUCAAAGAGGGUAAAGAGGACUUCCUGUGGUCUCUCCUCUCUCCAUGCAAGUCCCAGCAGCCCUCUCCCCCUGAGUGGUUCACACUCGGUGUUUUACCCUCAGAGGUUGAUGCUGUUUGUUUCCAAUAAAAUGGAGCCCUUUCUUCCAUACAGACACUUCAUGUUUUUGUAAAAUUGUCUUGAAUAUUUUUUGAAGAAAAUGUUUAAAGUUGAAACACGCUUACUUAAUUCUGAAUUAUUCACUCUUCUGGAAGGAUGCUAACAGGCCACUAAUGGCCUCAAGUGGUAGAUAAUUCAGAAUACUUCCAUUUGGCUUUGCUUUUUCCUUUUCUGAGGGGGUAGAGGGUAAGUGAAGCAGCUUUAAAAUUUGAAUCCAUAGUGUACCCAAUUAUGGGAGAACAGAACAACAUCUCAAGCACAUGAAUUAAUUGUCAUUGAGUACGGACCUGGUCUGUCCCCACCAUCUCCCGUUAGUCAUUUGGUAUUACCCUUGUGUCCUGGCUGCGGUUA